CAGUGCGGGCGGAAAGGGAGAUACUUCCCUCACCUUCCAACCCACUAUCCCACUGCAGACGAGACGGAUUGAGAGUUUUCUUUUCCUCCGUGUGACAUGUAUUUGGCAGCUUGUUUUGUUCUCGUUCUUUCGGGGGGAAAAAUGUCGUGGAAAAUGCCAAACUUUUUUUCUUCCGGUCGUCCUCUUACGCACGCAGCAGGAUAGUGCUCUUGUGGUAGGUGGUCAACAGAGAAGAGGAGAGAGGAGACAGGAGUGAUGUGCUCUGAAUUACUCAGACGACUGUUGCUAGUUUAUUUAAAAAUCCAUGGAUCAACCUGUUCUACUGCUUCUCGCUCAGGGAACUGAGGAUGGCUGAAGACGUGACCUGUUGCAGCUUUUCUUUAAGAUAUUAAUGUUUGGAUGGAUACAACGCUGCGAAAUGAAUGAGUUAUUUCACGUUCAUUUAAGACGACAGGUUGUUAAAUGGGGCGGAAUUUAAUUACUUUUUGGAUUUGUGUCCUUUAUUUUACGCGGAGCACACUUGGAAUCGACGGGCUUUUCUAAUUGGACAGACUGGAGAAGAAUCCGUGAAUGUUUUGGACAGAUUUUAAAGUUGGGAAACACUGAGUUCGGUGUUUUUUUGCGAAUUAAACGGAUGAUGGACUAAAACUGGUCAGGAUCUCGCCACUCCGCCGCUGUCACACCGAGCGCAUCACCGCGCCCUGCUUUCUAGGAAACUAUAACCUCCCUUUCCUAUCCUGUCUUCCCUCCCGACAGAAUGGCCCGGUUUGGAGACGACGUCCCGGGCUUGUUGAGCCCAGGGGAUGGAGGGUCCGAUCGCAACCGGAACCGCGAUGGGGCGGCCGUGUCCACAGGUGGCCUCUCCCCAGCCUUUAAGCAGACCAAAGCGCAGCGUGCUCGCACCAUGGCCUUGUACAACCCCAUCCCGGUCAGGGAGAACUGCUUCACCGUCAACAGGUCCCUCUUCAUCUUUGGCGAGGACAACGUGGUCAGGAAGUACGCCAAGAAAAUCAUUGAGUGGCCGCCAUUUGAAUACAUGAUCCUCACCACCAUCAUCGCCAACUGUAUCGUCUUGGCUCUGGAGCAGCACCUUCCUGGAGAGGACAAAACGCCCAUGUCUAAAAGACUGGAGAAGACAGAGCCCUACUUCAUCGGGAUGUUCUGUUUUGAGGCUGGGAUAAAGAUCAUCGCCCUGGGCUUUGUUUUUCAUAAAGGCUCCUACCUCAGGAACGGAUGGAACAUCAUGGACUUCAUUGUGGUCCUCAGUGGGAUCCUUGCUGCAGCAGGGGCACAUAUGAACAUCUCAGUGGACCUGAGGACCCUGAGGGCGGUGCGAGUGCUCCGACCCCUCAAACUGGUCUCAGGCAUCCCCAGUCUCCAGAUUGUCCUGAAGUCUAUAAUGAAGGCCAUGGUUCCUCUGCUGCAGAUCGGCCUGCUGCUCUUUUUUGCCAUCCUCAUGUUCGCCAUCAUCGGCCUGGAGUUUUACAGCGGCAAACUGCACUACACCUGCACGCCACAGCCUGGAAUACUGGAAAACGAGACAGUGGACUCCUCUGAGUACGAGGUCCCGUGUGGCGUGCGUCAGUGUCCUGCCAAAUACACUUGCAACGAUACUUGGAUUGGCCCUAAUGACGGCAUCACUCAGUUUGACAACAUCCUGUUUGCUGUUCUCACUGUCUUCCAGUGCAUCACCAUGGAGGGAUGGACCACUGUACUCUACAAUACCGAUGAUGCCUUGGGCCCCAACUGGAACUGGCUCUACUUCAUCCCUCUCAUCAUUAUCGGCUCUUUCUUUGUCCUGAACCUGGUGCUGGGAGUCCUUUCUGGGGAAUUUGCCAAGGAGAGGGAGAGGGUGGAAAACCGCAGGGCCUUCAUGAAACUGAGACGCCAACAGCAGAUUGAGAGAGAGCUCAACGGCUACCGGGCCUGGAUCGACAGAGCAGAGGAAGUGAUGCUCGCAGAGGAGAAUAAGAAUUCAGGACCUUCUGCCCUCGAUGUGUUAAAGAGAGCCACCACCAUCAAGAGGAGAGGGAUGGAUGUGGUGCAUCGAGGGCAACCAGGGGAGGAACAAUAUGGUGAUAUCUCCUCUGUGGGCAUCCCCAUGGCCAGAGCAAGUAUCAGGAGUGCCAAGAGAGGUCCAACAGCGUAUUUUCGUCGUAAGGAGCGUCUCCUGCGCAUCUCCAUCCGCCGCGUGGUGAAGACGCACACUUUCUACUGGACAGUGCUGGGCCUAGUGGCUCUCAACACGCUGUGCGUGGCCAUUGUUCACCACAACCAGCCCAUCUGGCUGUCCAACUUCCUCUACUAUGCAGAGUUCCUGUUCCUCGCUCUGUUUCUGACUGAGAUGUUUCUGAAGAUGUACAGCUUGGGGCCGCGUCUCUACUUCCACUCCUCCUUCAACCGCUUUGACUGCAGUGUGAUCGUUGGCAGCAUCUUUGAAGUGCUGUGGGGUUUCUUCAGGCCUGGCACUUCCUUUGGCAUCAGUGUCCUGCGUGCUCUCCGUCUGCUAAGGAUCUUCAAGAUCACCAAGUAUUGGGCGUCUCUGAGAAACCUGGUCGUCUCUCUGAUGAACUCCAUGAAGUCCAUCAUCUCCCUCAUCUUCCUCCUCUUUCUCUUCAUCGUUGUCUUUGCACUCCUUGGCAUGCAGCUCUUCGGUGGCAGGUUCAUCUUUGAAGACUACACCCCGACAAACUUUGACACAUUUCCUGCAGCAAUCAUGACCGUCUUUCAGAUCCUGACUGGAGAGGACUGGAACGAGGUGAUGUACAACGGUAUUCGCUCUCAAGGAGGAGUGAAGUCUGGCAUGUGGUCCUCUAUCUACUUUAUAGUGCUAACACUGUUCGGAAACUACACACUGCUGAAUGUCUUCUUGGCCAUUGCUGUGGAUAACCUUGCCAAUGCACAAGAACUUACAAAGGAUGAAGAGGAAGCAGAGGCAGCGUUCAACCAGAAGCAUGCUCUCCAGAAGGCGAAGGAGGUCGGGCCAUUGUCGUCCUUCAUGUCUUCAGAGAGAGAGAGAAGAACAAGGAUGACCAUGUCAGUGUGGGAGCAGAGGACUAGCCAGCUGCGGAGACACCGGCAGAUGUCCAGCCGAGAGAUCCUGUUCAGCAGUCCCAACGAGGAGAAGGACGGCCCUCCUGCUUCAGCCCAGGCCCAGCAUGGACAUCCCCAGUCACUACACCGCAAGGCCAUGGAGCGCACACAGACCGGGAGUUUGAAGCACCUGACGGACCCCUUAGCCUCCCCAUCCAAGAAUCAGGCUUUAGGCUCCUCCAUGUCUGUGGAUAUGGCCCUGGAUGCCGCCCUCUCUGGCCACAUACCAGAACUCCCAGUGGUUCUGGUACCAGAACCGUUGGAUCCUACGAAUGUGCCCCUUCCCGAUGCUUCUGUGUCUGUGGCCAUACCAGAACCUCCUGAAUCCGACUCCAUCACAGAGAGCAGAAAACUGGGCGUUAAUCAGAGUCACAACACCGUCAGCGAGCGCCGGAGCCCCAGAUUGAAUGGCGAGCGUCAACACAGGGCAGUAAAGAAGUUCAGGCCACCAGAUAACCUUGACACACUGACUCCUGAGAUGGGAGGUCAUGGUGGGAUCAGGGGCAGAAGGGCGCUACAUCACUGUGACCAUCACAGCGGGGCCAAAAGUCAAGGGUCAUCACCAUCAGGGAAUGGAAGCCACUUGGCGAGUCACUCGGUCAGCAGAGAGAGGAGGAGGAAUCCGGGGAACGUGGUGGAGAAGGAGGCAGAGACCAAAAAGGUGGAAGAGGUGUCCAAACCUGAUGAGAGCAGACAGGGUGACAGGAGUGGAGGAGACACUGACCCACCAGAAAACCAGAGCCACACUGGUGACCAGUGUCCUCAAAAGCAGGAAGAACCUCCUCAGCAAUCAGACCCGUCUCCUCCUGUCAUCCCAGAGAGCAACAAAGAAGAGAAGGAGACAGAGCAGGACCAGGACAAAUGUCAGCUUAGCUCCAGUGUGAUUAUCGAAGCGCCCAACGUUCAGUCAUCUCUAGAGCUCUCCACGAUCACAGUCAACAUCAAGGACCCUGAAACCUGUAAACCAGAGAAGGAGGAGGCAGAAGAGACAAAGCCUGUCAACACUGUGACUCCAGACAGCAUGUUCAUCUUCAAACCUGACAACCCGGUUCGUCGAGCGUGUCACUACAUGGUGAACCUCAGGUACUUUGAAAUGUCCAUCCUGCUGGUCAUAGCUGCUAGUAGUAUAGCACUGGCUGCUGAGGACCCUGUAGCCACCUCCUCUAACUGGAAUAAGGUUCUGCGGUAUUUUGAUUAUGUGUUCACCGGAGUCUUCACAUUUGAAAUGAUUAUAAAGAUGAUUGACCAGGGUCUGCUCCUCCAUGACGGCUCCUACUUCAGAGACCUGUGGAACAUCCUCGACUUUAUAGUCGUGGUGGGAGCAUUGGUGGCCUUCGCCCUCUCCAAUGUGAUGGGAAAUAACAAAGGACGGGACAUCAAGACCAUCAAGUCUCUAAGAGUGUUACGUGUCCUCAGACCGCUAAAGACCAUCAAGAGACUUCCUAAACUCAAGGCGGUGUUUGACUGUGUAGUGACGUCUCUGAAAAACGUCUUCAACAUCCUGAUCGUCUACAAGCUUUUCAUGUUCAUCUUUGCCGUCAUCGCUGUGCAGCUCUUCAAGGGGAAGUUUUUCUACUGUACAGACAGUUCCAAGGACACAGAAAAGGAUUGCCAGGGUUACUACAUUGACUAUGGGAAGGAUAAGAAAGAGGUGAAGAGAAGAGACUGGAAGAGACACGAGUUUCACUAUGACAACGUCAUCUGGGCUCUGCUCACUCUCUUCACUGUUUCCACUGGAGAGGGAUGGCCUCAGGUCCUGCAGCACUCAGUAGAUGUGACAGAGGAGGACAGGGGUCCGAGUCACGGCAACAGGAUGGAGAUGUCUAUCUUCUAUGUCAUCUACUUUGUCGUCUUUCCUUUCUUCUUUGUCAACAUCUUCGUGGCUCUCAUCAUCAUCACCUUCCAGGAACAGGGGGAUAAGAUGAUGGAGGAGUGCAGCCUGGAAAAGAAUGAGAGGGCGUGCAUAGACUUUGCCAUCGGUGCCAAGCCCCUGACCCGUUACAUGCCCCAGAACCGGCACACGUUCCAAUACCGUCUGUGGCAUUUUGUGGUGUCGCCCUCUUUUGAGUACACCGUCCUGGCCAUGAUCGCUCUCAACACCAUUGUACUUAUGAUGAAGUAUUACUCUGCCCCGCCGGCAUACGAGGCCGUACUGAAGCACCUGAACACAGCUUUCACUGUUCUCUUCUCUGUUGAGUGCGUCCUCAAGAUCAUGGCCUUCGGCUUUCUGAACUACUUUCGAGACACAUGGAACAUUUUUGACUUCAUCACUGUUUUGGGCAGCAUCACAGAGAUCGUAGUAGACUUGCAGUUUGAUGACACAUUCAACAUGAGUUUCUUGAAGCUGUUCCGAGCAGCUCGUCUGAUCAAACUGCUCCGACAAGGUUACACCAUCCGCAUUCUUCUGUGGACCUUCGUCCAGUCCUUCAAGGCUUUGCCCUAUGUCUGCUUGCUCAUCGCCAUGCUCUUCUUCAUCUACGCCAUCAUUGGCAUGCAGGUGUUUGGGAACAUUAAGCUAAAUGAGGAGACUCACAUUACGCAGCACAACAACUUCAAGACCUUCUCUGGUGCUCUGAUGCUGCUGUUCAGGAGUGCCACAGGGGAGUCAUGGCAGGAGAUCAUGUUGUCGUGUCUGGGGGGACAGAAGUGUGAGACAGACACCUCGCUUCCCCCAGGAGUACCGACGUCCGACCAGGAGGGGGGCUGUGGCUCCGACUUCGCCUAUUUCUACUUUGUCUCGUUCAUCUUCUUCAGCUCCUUCCUGAUGCUGAACCUGUUUGUGGCUGUGAUCAUGGAUAACUUUGAGUAUCUGACGAGAGACUCGUCCAUUUUGGGUCCUCACCACCUGGAUGAGUUUGUCCGGAUCUGGGGGGAGUAUGACCGUGCCGCCUGUGGUCGUAUCCAUUACAAUGACAUGUAUGAGAUGUUGACCAACAUGUCGCCACCUCUAGGCCUGGGCAAGAAAUGUCCCUCCAAGGUGGCAUAUAAGAGACUAGUCCUGAUGAACAUGCCUGUGGACGAUGACAUGUCCGUUCACUUCACCUCCACCCUCAUGGCCCUCAUCCGCACCGCCCUGGAGGUCAAGAUAGCCAGAGGAGGGGAGGAUAGAAAUCAGAUGGACCUGGACUUGCAGAAGGAGAUCGGUGUCAUCUGGCCUCAUCUCUCUCAGAAGACGUUGGACCUGCUGGUUCCCAUUCACAAAGCCAGUGACAUGACAAUUGGGAAGAUCUAUGCCGCCAUGAUGAUCAUGGACUAUUACAAACAGAGCAAGGCCAAGAAGCUCCGACAGCAACUGGAGGAACAGAAACAUGCUCCUAUGUUCCAGCGUAUGGAUGCCUCCUCUCUGCCUCAAGAAAUCCUAUGCAAUGCCAAAUCCCUUUCAUUCCUCAGGCACAGUGCCGGAUCUGCUCUCACCAGAGGAGGUUUUCUGGCACUCAGCCCUAUCUCUCCACAAGAGAUGUUCCUGCAGCCGCUGUCCCGCUCCAGGGAGGAGAAGGAGGAGGAGGAGGAGGAGGAUGACGGCGACUAUCGUUCACCCUACCACCCCUACCAUCACCCGCAUCACCAGCACCAUCCUUUACAAACACUGGUGCCAGACGUAGUGGAGUAUAACCAAGUGAUGCAGCAGGCCAGGCAGGACGCAACAGUUAUUAAAUCACCUCAGCGCACAGCAUCCAUCAGAGCUUCCUCCAUGCCCAGACUGGCUGUUGAUCCACCGCCUGGGAUGUCAGCAGACAGUAAGCUGAUAAAGCGCUCCUUCUCCACCAUCGGAGACCAGUGUGUGAACGGCCUCUGGCAGGAGCAGCACUCUCUGGAGAGAGUCAGUCCUGACGGCUCGUACAGGCCUCGUCAGAGGAGCUACAGAGGUCCUAGAGUCAACCACAAAGAAGCAAGCAGUCAUGAGAGAGGGCGCUCUAAGGAACGGCGCCACCUACUGUCUCCUGACGUGUCCCGCUGCAACUCCGAGGAGCGCAGCCGCGAUCCAUCGUGUGAAAGGAGACGGUCCCGUUCACCUAGCGAAGGACGCACACACACCUUACAGAGACAGGUAAACACAACAGGCAGCCCUGCCCAUUCAGCCUCAGACUCCGGCACUCCUCGUAAUCGGCGCCAGCUGCCACAGACACCCUCCCGGCCUCGGCCGUUCAUCUCCUACUCCCCUCUGGUCUGCCAAGCCCACACCUCUCCAGCACCAGCAGCCUCCUCUGAGGAACAGACCCAGCCUCAGGAUGGCGCUGGUGGCUCCACGGAGACCUUGUGGAGGGCUGACAAGGAGGGCGGCCCCCUAACUGCAGGUCAGGGGUCAUUCGGAGUACAGGUUUCAGGACCGAGCAACCCAUCUCCUCACCGCUACAUCUCAGAGCCCUACCUCCCAUUCCAUGACGACGGCGGCAGCGGUGGAGAGGCAGGCGACGGGCAGGAGACCCUUACUUUUGAGACUGCCAUAGCAACCAGCCUGGGACGGGCCAACGCCAUAAGCUCCGCUCCUCAGCUCAGACACUCCUGGCAGGUUCCUAAUGGCCAUUUCCGAAAGCACUUGGGCCAAGCGAGUCCGGCUCGAGCCAGCGAGCUGCUAAGUGACACAGACGAGGACGACCGCUGCUAAAGAAAACGGAGACGAAGAGAAUGCAUAGAGCAAGUGGGCACCUCGGAGAAGCUCCACAAGGCUUUAGCUCCUCUGUGGCUCUGAGAACUUGUAUUCUCAGUACCAGUAGCAUAACAGGCAGGACUCCACUGCUAUUUAUCUGGAUACUUGGGUGUCUGUCUGCAACGUGUUCUUGUGUGUGUGUUUGUUGUAGCUAGAGGGAGGCUGUGUGUG